AUGGCUGCCUCCACAUUCCACUAUUCAACUUCAUUGCGCUCGCGUGCCCUACAGAAUCCCAUGCUCUCGCCUUUCCUCUCCCACUCUCACCUAAGCCCUUCGCCGAAUCUCUCAUUUCCUUUCCGGUUGCAGCCCAAAAGGGGACUUAUUGGCCUUCCAAAUGCUCCUCCUCGCAGCCUCACGAUCUUUUCUCUGCGCGAAUCCAAAGCUGCGGCGGUUACUGGAGACUCCUGGGAGAAAUCAGUCAUCAACAGUGAAACACCUGUCCUUGUUGAAUUUUACGCGAGCUGGUGUGGGCCGUGUAGGAUGGUGCACCGAGUGAUUGAUGAAAUUGCGGUUGAAUAUGCUGGGAAGCUUAAAUGCUUUGUGCUCAACACAGAUGUUGAUCAGCAGGUUGCUGAGGACAAUGAAAUUAAGGCUGUACCUGUAGUUUUGCUGUUUAAGAAUGGGAAGAAAUGUGACACUGUGGUUGGUACCAUGCCCAAGGAGUUCUAUGUUGCUGCCAUUGAGAGGGUCCUGAAGUCGUAA